GCGGGACUCAGCGGGCCAGAGAGCGCGGCGGGCCACCCCCGGCUCAGCCCGUGGAUGCUGACCGCCCCCUCGGAGAGUCCCCGCAGACAUGGCGGAGAGCUGGCUGCGCCUCUCGGGAGCUGGGCUGGCGGAGGAGGCCGGGCCGGAGGGCGGCCUGGAGGAGCCCGACGCCCUGGAUGACAGCCUGACCAGCCUGCAGUGGCUGCAGGAAUUCUCCAUUCUCAACGCCAAGGCCCCCGCCCUGCCCCCGGGGGGCACCGACACGCACGGCUACCACCAGGUGCCAGGUUCGGCGGCGCCGGGGUCCCCCCUGGCGGCCGACCCCGCCUGCUUGGGGCAGCCGCACACGCCGGGCAAGCCCACGUCGUCGUGCACGUCGCGGAGCGCGCCCCCGGGGCUGCAGGCCCCGCCCCCCGACGACGUGGACUACGCCACCAACCCGCACGUGAAGCCUCCCUACUCGUAUGCCACGCUCAUCUGCAUGGCCAUGCAGGCCAGCAAGGCCACCAAGAUCACCCUGUCGGCCAUCUACAAGUGGAUCACGGACAACUUCUGCUACUUCCGCCACGCAGAUCCCACCUGGCAGAAUUCAAUCCGCCACAACCUGUCUCUGAACAAGUGUUUCAUCAAAGUGCCUCGGGAGAAGGACGAACCAGGCAAGGGGGGCUUCUGGCGCAUCGACCCCCAGUACGCGGAGCGGCUGCUGAGCGGAGCUUUCAAGAAGCGGCGGCUGCCCCCUGUCCACAUCCACCCAGCCUUUGCCCGCCAGGUUGCACAGGAGCCCAGCGCUGUCCCACGGGCCAGGCCGCUGACGGUGAACACCGAGGCCCAGCAGCUACUGCGGGAGUUCGAGGAGGCCACCGGGGAGGCAGGCUGGGGUGCAGGCGAGGGCAGGCUGGGGCAUAAGCGCAAACAGCCGCUGCCCAAGCGGGUAGCCAAGGUCCCGCGGCCCCCCAGCACCCUGCUGCCCACCCCGGAGGAGCAGGGUGAGCUGGAACCCCUCAAAGGCAACUUUGACUGGGAGGCCAUCUUCGACGCCGGCACUCUGGGCGGGGAGCUGGGUGCGCUGGAGGCCCUGGAGCUGAGCCCACCUCUGAGCCCCGCCUCACACGUGGACGUGGACCUCACCAUCCACGGUCGCCACAUCGACUGCCCCGCCACCUGGGGGCCUUCGGUGGAGCAAGCUGCCGACAGUCUGGACUUCGACGAGACCUUCCUGGCCACAUCCUUCCUGCAGCACCCCUGGGACGAGAGCGGCAGUGGCUGUCUGCCCCCAGAGCCCCUCUUUGAGGCCGGGGACGCCACCCUGGCCUCCGAUCUGCAGGACUGGGCCAGCGUGGGGGCCUUUUUGUAAGAGGCCAGGCCGUGCCCCACCUCUGGACAGUGCCCAAGUCAGGGCCCAGAACUACCCCCCAACACAGGUCCACAGACACCCCACCACCCAGGCAGGGGCUGGGCCAGGGCUCCAAGGCUGGCCCCACAAGGCCACAUGGUCACCAGCCCCAGCUGCCAUCAGAUUCAAGCCCAGGAGGCUGAGAACGAGGGCCCGGGACCAGAAUCGCCGCCUCCUCUCCCCAGCCCCUCUUGUACACACAGUGUUUCAUUGCUCCGCAUCUUCCCAGCCCCAGAAACCAGCUAAAGGGCCCUUCGCCAUGAGAGCCUAGGCCUGGAGGGGCCCGGGUCAGGCUGGGGAGAAACAGAACCGGGCCCUCCCAGAGCACCUCCACUUCCCCCCUGCUUCCCCAGGUCUCUAUCCAGAGAGAGUCCCCAGGUACAACAAAUGCUAAUUAGAUGACAGCAAAUUAACCCCCUGGAGGCUUCUCCCGGCAGAGCCUCCCUGGAGCCGGGGGCAGGCAGUGGAUGGGGCGGAGCUGAGCAGA